AUGUUAGCUUGCAUCCACGGUUCUGCUGCGCUCGUUCAUCUACUGCUCUCUAAUGGAGCAGAUUGCACACGUGUGGAUAAUCGCGACAAUACCGUAUAUCAUGCGGCGGCAUUCAGCGGCAAGAACGACACUCUCCAGCUCUUGAUUCGCUUUGGUACUUAUGGACAAAUAGCAAAUAAGGAAGGUAAAACUCCGCUUCUCUUGGCCGUGGAUCGAAAUCAUCCAAGUAUUGUGGAAACCAUUCUUGCUUUGAUGCCUAAAGAUCGCCCAGAUAUAGACAAAAUUCACAAGUGGAUGUUGCACACUGCCGCCAGUAAAGGUUAUCGCGAUGUGUGCAAAACGCUGAUUGAGAACGGAUACGACCCCCGUUUGCGCGAUGAUGAAAUGAAGCUUCCACUCCACCAUGCUGCGGGAGAAAACAGCGCUGAUGUUGUGCGGUAUCUGCUUGAACUCGCUCCUGACACCAUCGAUGAGAGCGACCAAUGCGGCUUCACACCGUUCCUACAAGCCGUAGCAAUGAACGCACUAGAGUCAGUCAAGGUGCUCGUUGAACAUGGUGCUAACAUUAUCGGUUGCGACGGAGGAACGGCCAUCAUGAUCGGCUUACGGUAUAUGGCUGUUAGUGUGUUGUUCGUAAGUGUUGUUUUGUAA